CCAAAAGAUCAUAAUGUCUAAUUUAUGAUCUUAUUGGAACUUACAUAUUGUGUUGUGUCUACAGAUAUUAUCUGCCUUGGUGAAACCAGUUCACCAUCAGAAAUUAGCAAAGUUGAAGUGGACUCUGAUAUGGAUUUCCAGCCUAAGAGAUCCAGGUGUACAGGGAAAUCCUUAGGUUCAGGUAAAAGUGCUGAUGGUGGUCCAGAUCCAGGUUCAGAGAGAUCUUUGAAUGGAGGCACAGAAACAAGCACACACACUGAUCCGAAAUCAGAUCCACCUACAGAUCAGAGUGCAAAGGAGUCUACAAAACCAGAACAUGAAGCAGAGAGGUGUGUGGAAGGAGGAAUAUCAGGAUCUGAAGUCAAAGGUGUUUGCCCACAGAAUGAGGUGUUUUAUGUAUCAUCUAAUGUUGUCACCAUCUUACCAUCAUUGUAUGUUCCACGCCUGCCAUUUGUGGAUGAGUCACUUAUCAAUUACAAUGAACGGGACCUCUUGGGUGAAGGAUCUUUUGGAAAGGUGUAUAGAGGUUCUUUUCAGGGAACCCCAGCUGCCAUAAAGAGAAUUCCAUAUGGCAUAGCAGGACUUGAAGAUCGGGACAUACAGCAUGAGAUUCUCGUCUCACUGCGACUGAGCCAUCCCAAUAUUGUUCGACUCAUGGCAGCAGCCCGCACUGACAACACCUUUUUGCUGGCCAAUGAAUACAUUCAUGGCACAACCCUGGAUAAUGUGAUACACAAUGGCAAUGCUUGUGUUAAGUUUGAAGGAAACGACAGUCAUUUUGUUGCCCUUGACAUAUCCAUGGCCGUUGAAUACAUUCACUCAAAAAAUGUCAUUCAUCAGGAUCUAAAGCCUUAAAAUAUUUUG